AUGUCAGUCGUUCCAAUUUUUGAACGUGAAUCUGCGAUUAUUGUUGGUGCAGGAGAUGCUGCAUAUGCGCAUCAUACUAGAGAGACAACAAUCAUUGGUAAUAUACGAGCCACAGGUGUUACAGUGACCAUCCGAAAUAACUACGCAGCACGAUACAAUUUUGCUGUGCGUCAAUACAAUAAUUUACCAUUAUCAGAAGAGAAAACGCUUAUGUUUGGUGAUCUUUUCUUGGUACAUCGCUAUACUGUUAUUUUUUUAUGGCUUUUAUCUAUGAUUUGUGGUGGUAUCAGUGUUGUUGUAAAACCAUUAGUCACAAUACCCAUUAUUAUAAGUUUGCUAUACAUUGUUGUAUCGAUCUAUAACAGUAUAAUUUUUAAGAAGAAUCAAACCGUGUUCGAUGAUACAUUAAUGAUACAAAAUAAUGAUCUUGGUAGUAACAAUGAAUGGUAUAGGGUGCCUAUUCAUACACGGAUUGAAGAUCGUGCUGCAUUGGCAGCCGUUGGAGGGGACAAUUCAAGUGCUAUGGCAGCUAUUCGUGAAGAGUAUACAAAUUUGAAAGAAGUCAAAGUUAUGGUAUACACAGAACGAUAUAUAACACGUUUCACUUAUUUUCCAGCAAAAACUAUUGCGAUACAUGUUGUCCUCUUUCUUAUUGCAUUUAUAUUUAGUAUUGCUAUGGUAGCUAUACGAACAUGA